UUAUCUGCCGGAAAUGGAAGAAACGGUCAGGAUAGUAAAGCUACGAGACCGUCCGAUUAGCGUUUAUUACUAACUUUUUUAUUUAUUUAUUUAGUACAUAUUUUCCGCAUAUAGAAGUUACAGGACGUUAUUAUUUAUUCAUGUCAGCAUAAGGUCAUAUUGUGAGCCGUGAAGCGUACCAGGCUAGCUUAGCAUGCUAGCUGCUAACAGAAGUCACCAACACAUCGCUAAGCAGAGAUCAAGUGUGAGUGUAAAGUGUUGCGAUUGUGUGGAAAUGUGUAAAGUACAAAUGCUGAGAGCGUUGGUCAAUCAGCGACUAGCUGCGGCUGUUGAAGAAAUAUUUGUAGUGAUAGAAAGAACCAUAGCAGAGUACGAGGAGGCACUUUCUAUAACAAAAGAGGAAAACGAGCAACAACGUCAACUACUGGACGCCCUUUUCAAGAAAUCUGAAGUUGUGUUACACAGAGCAGACGUCCAUGAAGAGCAUUUUCCCUGUGAGCAGCAGGAGUGGUGCUCCAGAGUGGAGCACCAGGAGCCGCAGCCCCUCUAUGUUAAAAAGGAAGAAGAGGAUCACAGCUUGAGUCAGGACGGAGAGCAUCUGGAAGGACUGGAUGACUUCCCAGUGAUUUGGGUCCCUGUGAAGAACGAAGAUGAUGAAGACAAAAGUCAAAGUGGGGAGAAGACACGGGCGGAGCCUCCAAGCGGCAGCUCAACUCAACACUUCACGACAGAAGCCGACGGAGACCGCUGCGGAGGAUCACAAGCGGACAUCCUCUUAGCUCCUCUAUCGGAUAGCGACGACACAACACCGCGCUCCCCUGACACCGAUGAAGACUCGAGAACUUUUCACACUGAUAAGUCACUUUUAAAUGCUCUCAAUGUGGCCAAACUUUUAAUGACGGUUGUAAUCUGAAAAGACACGCGAGAACUCACACAGGAGAGAAACCAUACGCUUGCUCGGUUUGCGGUAGGAGAUACUCUCAGAAGGGACAUUUGACAAUACACGUAAGAACACACAUCGGGGAGAAACCUUAUUCCUGCUCACAGUGCGGUAUCGGUUUCGUACAAAGUCAGCAUUUGACAAUACAUAUGAAAACACACACUGCAGAGAAACCUUUUACAUGUUCAGUUUGCGGCUUAUGUUUGAGACAAAAUCAAGAUUUGAAAAAACACAUGAGAAUACACAGCGGGGAAAAACCUUUUACCUGUAUUGUCUGCGGCAUAAGUUUUGUUCGAAAGCAAGAUUUGAAAAGACACACGACAAUACACACCGGGGAAAAACCUUUCAUCUGUGACGUGUGCGGUAUAGGUUUUAGUCGGAAAUUAUUAUUUGAAGACUCACAUGAGGAGACACACAAUGGAGAGAAACCAUAUUCUUGUUUAAUCUGCAACAAAAGCCAUCCUAACCGAAUAACAUUUGUAGCACACCAAGAAGACCCAUGAAAGAUGACUUUUUUUUUUUGACUUUUCAUCAGCAGAUACCGUAUGAAGUCUGACAUUGUGUGUGUAACAAUAUUGUUAAUAUGCCUCUACCAUUUAAAUGCAAUAAAAGUAGAAAAAGUAUCAA